ACAAUACUAUAUAGUUUUUUUAAAUUUCUAGAUAUGUCUAAUGAGGUAUAUAAAGUCUUUAGUUUUCAUUGAGUUAACAUUAGUUUUCAGUUCAUAUCAUGUUUGGCAUUCUAUGAAUACUAGUCAAGAAUAUCGUUAUUGGAUGUACAAAAAUCACCCAAAUAUUUUAUCAGGGUUUUAUAAAUCAACUGAAGUUUUGGGAUAUACAGACGUUCGAGAAAAAGAUUUUAAAGAAUGGAAAAUCUAAACAUGAUAGACCCAAUAGUUAUUUCUGACAUCCAACAAACUAAUGGACACUGUUUUGAUGACUUAAAAAUUGAAAAUAGUUUAAAGUCUGAGAUAGUUCAUCAGCUAAAAGCUAAUGAAAACUUUGACAUUGUGGAUAAUUUGAAAACUAAUGAUUUAAAAUCUGUGCCAAUAAUCAAUGCUGAAAACAUAUCUGCGCAGAAUUUAUCGGAAGUUCAUUCUUCAGUUUUUGCAGCACCAGUUACAACUGCUCCCAAAUUUAUUAAACCUGCUCAACGUGGUGUUAAGCUUGAAGUAACAAGUGAUAAAAAUUUAAAUGAACAUCAGGAUAAAGUCAUUGAAGAUUCGGAUAUAGAUAAUAAAGAUAACAAAUUGAAAAGCGUAGAGUUUCCUUAUAAACCUCCUUUGUGGGGUGGUAUACCAGAAAAACACUAUUUCAUUACCAUUCUUAAAGAUGGUUUAAUUAAAGACACAAUUACUUUAGAGUUUAAAUCACACCUAACAUUUGGAAGAUUCAAUACAUGUGAUGUUUUUUUAGAACACCCAUCUUGUUCUCGUUAUCAUGCUGUUAUUCAAUAUUGUGCUCUUGAAGAAGGAAAGCGGAAAAAAGGUUUUUAUCUUUUUGAUUUGGGAAGCACUCAUGGUACAUUUUUGAACAAAGAGAAGAUCAAACCUAAAGUAUACAGCAGAAUUAGGGUCGGGUAUCAAUUAAAGUUUGGUGGUAGUUCUCGACUUUAUAUCAUUGAAGGACCAAAUGAAGACCAAGAGGAAGAAAUAGAUAUUGAUAUUUUGCGAAAGAGAAUGUUGGAGUAUGAACAGCACAAGAAGUCAUUUUCAAAACCACAAACCUUAACUCAAGCUGAAAUAUUAAAUGACUCUGAUCAAAUCAAUGAAGAUGAAGGUGCAACAUGGGGAUUUGGCGAGGAUGCAACUGAUGAAGGGAUCAAUUUAAAAGAAUUGUUUGAGAAGAAGAAGGAUAUAGAAAUAAAAGAUCCUAAAAAAACACUUAAAGGAUUUUUUGAGCGAGAAGGUUUGGAAUUAGAAUAUGAAAUGACUGAAAAAGGAAGUGGAAGUUCUUUGCUUCAUAUAGCUCAAAUACGACUUCCCAUUGAUGUUGGUGAUGCAGAUUUUGUAAUUGCUGAAGGAAGUUCUUCAAACAAAAAGGAUGCUAUUUUGAAUUGUGCUAAUGACGCUUGUAAGAUUAUUCAAGCAUAUGAUAUGCUGCAAAAUAAAUCUAGAGAAGAUCACAAAAGAAAACGUCAACGUGAGCUUGAAGAAAAUGAUUUUUACAACUCUGAUGAAGAUACAUUCUUGGAUAGGACUGGACUUAUUGAGAAGAAGCGAUUAAAGAGAAAGCAAUGGGCUGGUAAAAAAGAAAAAGAAGAAGUGGAAACAUUCCAAUCUUUGCAAAUCAAAGUUGCAGCAAAAGAAAAGGAACUGCAUGAUUGUGAAGAAAAGUUAAGUCGCAAUAAAAAAUUUAGUGAAGAAGUUAAUGAUGAAGACUCAUUAGAUGCUUAUAUGGAAACCAUGUCCAACUCAUUGGAUGCAAAUACAAAAAUGAAUCUGAAAAGAAAUGUCUUAAUCUUGCGAAAAGAAAUUGCAAGCCUAAAGGCGCUAGUGGAGAAAGCAAGACCAGCUUCCCUUCCUGCGCUCAUGGAGACAAAAACAUUUACCCUUCCUGAGCUUUCAAUGGAAAGGGCAGUUAAUCAGAUUAAAGAAAAGGAACUUGAUAUACCAUUACACAAUCAAAAGGCUGCAGAAUUCAAACAACAGACAACAGUUGAAGAAAAAAAAGUUGAAGAAAGUAUUAAAAAUAUAAAUUAUGAACAAAAAGUGGAAAAAUCUGAGAAUAAAUCAAGCAAGACAACUAAGACAAACAAAAAGAAAAAAAUUUAUUCUGUAUCAAAUAAGGAUCCUGAUUUUGCGGAAUGGUUACCCCCUGAAGGACAAGUUGGUGACGGUCGAACCCAUUUGAAUGAAAAAUUUGGUUAUUAAAACUAUCCAGAAGUUUAAUAAUUCUACUUGUAAUCUGGAGGACUUCUCUCCACUGAAAACUCCAGUGAUACUCAGCGUUUGAAUAAUUUUCUAAUGACAAAAAUUCUUUUUUUUAAAACAAAAAAAAAGAAAAGAAGCUAAACAUUAAGAACAACCAAACGAUUGUCUAAUGAAUGGAUGCAUGAUUGAACGAACGGAAACACGAUGUAACGAAUGGGUGCAUGACUGAGCGAACGGAUACACGAUUGAACGAAUGGGUUUAUAAUUGAACGAAUAAAUACAUGAAUGAACAAAUGGAUGCAUAAUUGAACAAAUGGGUGCAUGAUUGAAAGAAUGGAUACAUGAUCUGACGGACAAUCACAAAUAAUGCUUAACUGAAAAAAAUAAAAACUUUUAAAAAAUUUUUGUAAUGUAAAAAAGCAAAUAUUUUAGAGUUAAUAACGCCCAUCAAAAAUUUA